AGUGUUCUAAUUUAGGGGGGAUAGGAUUGGGAAUGCCCGUUAGAUGUGGCUUGCCGAUAAUAGCACACAUCAGCCACAGCGCUGCAAAUGAGAGCACAGGCAGAGAGCAGGGGACUGAGUGCAGAAUGAUACCAUAGAGCACAGAGCGAGAGAAGGAGUGGGUGAGAGUGUAUUGUCAGCACGUUGGAGAGCGCAAAGCACAGAGGACUGAGAGAGUGCAGGAAAGGAGGAGAAGAAGCAGAGAGAGGGAAAAAAAGAUAGAGGAUUGUGUUUUUGUAGGGGGGUAAAAGUUCCCACCGCUCCAGGCAGAAAGCAGACCUGAGGUCAGCAGCAGGGAGAAGUGAACCAGGUGGAAGAAGUGGAGCAGCUGACAGCAGGAGAGAAAGAGUCACAGGGGGUCUUGCUCUCACGGCAAACAUCACAGCAGUGUGGAGAGCACAGGAGAUCCAGGGGACACUAUUGAAACUUACCGACUCAAGGACGCAGUCUGCCGUCACUUGUCAGGGUAAUAAUGGUUCUCACUGGACUAGGGCUUCUCUGCAUGGCUAACUCAAGAGCAUGAGAGCAGACGCUGGGCAUUGGGCGGAAGACACAUAGAGCUGGGAAUAGCGCCUGUGUCGCUCCUUCCUCUCACUUACCUGUGCUGGGGAGAUAGAAAGAUUCUGAUAUAGAAACAUUCCGAUUGUCUGGCCUUGAAGAGAAUCAGUACAGAGCAGAGAGGGAGAGAGGAGCCGGUUAGAGUGGGAGAGUUCUGUCCUCUCAUCUCUGAGACAUGGUAGAGUGUGUAACAGUAGCGAGCCCCUCAGCAGCAGCAGCAACAGCCCCAGAGCAUGGAGAAGUCCAGCAGUGAGGAGUCAGCCAUUCACCGCAGCCCGUCCGUGGAUAGCCGCGACUCUGACUUUGCCCGCGCCUCUACAUCUGGCCGCCCGUUCGGUGGCCGCGGCUUCACCGCCGGCGCGUUCUACGGCUCCACGGGGCCACGUGGCGCCUCCGCCGCACAGGGGCAGGCUGGGACAGCGGCCGAUGCCAGCGUCAACAUCGGAGGAGACAAGAGCAGCAAUAACAAGUACACGGCGCCCAAAGGCAGCAAAUACGUGGUCUUUUACCUGGAUCUAUCCUUUGUGUUCCUUUUAGAAUUCAAGAAGUGCAACAUGGCACGGGGCUGUCUCUGCUGUUUGAAGUACAUGAUGUUCCUCUUCAACCUCAUCUUCUGGUUGUGUGGCUGUGGGCUGCUCGGCGUGGGCAUCUGGCUGUCUGUGUCCCAGGGCAGCUUUGCCACUUUCUCGCCCUCCUUCCCGUCGCUCUCCGCUGCCAACUUGGUCAUCGCUAUCGGCGCCAUCGUCAUGGUGACCGGCUUCCUGGGCUGCCUGGGCGCCAUCAAGGAGAACAAGUGCCUGCUUCUGAGCUUCUUCAUUGUCUUGCUGGUAAUCCUGCUGGCAGAGCUGAUACUACUCAUCCUGUUCUUCGUGUAUUCAGAUAAGGUCAGCGAGAAUGCCAAGCAGGACCUGAAGGAUGGCUUGUCUCUGUACAACACAGACAACAAUGUAGGCCUCAGGAACGCAUGGAACAUCAUCCAAGCAGAGUGGAAGUGCUGUGGGGUGGUAGGGUACACAGAUUGGCACGAGGCCCUCAAGGAGAAGGUGGUGCCCGACCGCUGCUGCCAGGAGCACUACCAGGAGUGCGGACGCAACUCCACCAACAUGUUCUGGACACGGGGCUGCUAUGAGAAGGUGGAGGAGUGGCUCGAUGACAAUAAGCAUCUCAUGGGAACCAUUGGCAUGUGCAUCUUGGUAGUGCAGCUCCUGGGAAUGGCGUUCUCCAUGACACUGUUCCACCAAAUCCACAGAACAGGGAAGAAGUAUGACGCUUAGCGUGGGACAGACAGCACACAGGGAAAGGAGCCCCAUGUACUGCCUGAUGGGAUAGACUCUGGAUGCCCCCCCCUCCCCCAUACCUCCUGUAUCACAAAGCCUCCCACUCCCCACUCUUCCCAGAAACCCUGUACAGACUGCAGCUAUGUCACCCUUGUCCUCUUCUCUGUCCACUCCACCAUUCAUUUGCCAAAGAUAAAUGGGACUGGAAGAUGUCUUAUGUCGUCUCUCUCCUGUUCAGAAGUAAAUAUAAAUGUUUUGGGCGCUUGGACUAAUAGUUUUGCGGGAGGCUUUACUAAUGCUCACAUCCUCCCCCUGCAAGGCGAAGAAAGCGGUGAAAAGAAAGAUUAGAUUGUAGUCUCCAGGUUUUCAUUGAUUUUGUCGUGUUGAUUGUUCAUGUUAACUUCCUCUUUCCCUUGUAAAUGAUGAAAGGCUCCGACAUGCUAUGCUAGUUUUCUACUCCCCGGAACCCUUUUUCAUUGAAAAUGUCAGACAACAUUUUUUCCCCCAAUACAGUAUGAAUUGUUUCUUCUAAAGGUGUCCUUUAUGCUCCUAUGAAAUGGAGUGUUUGAUAUGCUAAGUCAAGACUCUCAAACCCUGUUCCUGGAGAGCUACCAUCCUGUAGGUUGUCACUCCAACCCUGUUCCUGGAGAGCUACCAUUCUGUAGGUUGUCACUCCAACCCUGUGUCCUGGAGAGCUACCAUCCUGUAGGUUGUCACUCCAACCAUCAUCUAGUGCACCUGAUUUGUAUAAUUGGCUGGUUUAUAAAUUGAAUCAGCUUAGUUACAACUGGGGUUGGAACAAAAACCUACAGGAGGGUAACCCUCCAGAAACAGGGUUGGAGAGCCCUGUGUUAUCUGUUGUCAGAGGUGUGGAAUGGAUGAGAUGCACAGGAGGCUGCUGAGGGGAGGACGGCUCAUAAUAAUGGAUGGAAUGGAGUGAAUGGAAUGGUAUCAAACUAAUGGAAACUAUGUGUUUGAUGUUUUCGAUGCCAUGCUAUUUAAUCCGUUCCAGACAUUACGGCCACCUGUGAUGAGAUGUGAUGAGUUGCUGUGGAUCAGGGAUGGGCAACUCCAGUCGUAGGGGGGCGAACUGGUGUGACACUCUUCUCCUAGCCCUAUAGCUAACACACCUGAUUAGACAAAUUGCAUGAAUCUAAACUGAAGACUAUGGGCGCGUUCCUCUGCCCAGGCGUUGCUGACGCAUGCCAGAUCUUACAAUGCCUGGAUAGGUAUUUUACUUAUCAGCUAAACACAUCAUAUGGUAAAGCAAUCGGUCAGUCUAUGACACAGUCAAUGAUCAGUUGAUUAUUGGAGUCUGGUGUUAGCAGUGGCUGGGGAAAACGUGUGUCACCAACCAGGCCCCCGAGGACUGGAGUUGCCCAUCCUUGCUGUGGAUGGUCAGGGGUUGGGGUGGGUCGUAGGUCAAGGUUGUAAUGCCAUGAGCCCUAAGUGGGUGGUGCCCUGGAUUCGUAGAGGUGUUUCCUGUGAUGGAAAGAAUUACACUUCAGAGGAAUCAAGUUAAGAGUGCAGGGCUCUCCAACCCUGUUCCUGGAGAGCUACCCUCCUGUAGGUUUUCGCUCCAACCCCAGUUGUAACUGACCUGAUUCAGUUGAUCAACCAGCUAAUUAUUAGAAUCAUCUGCACUAGAUUAAGGUUGGAGCAAAAACCUACAGAAUGGUAGCUCUCCAGGAAUGCCUGAACUCUUUAGUUUUUAUUCCCUCUCUUUCUCCAUCUCAUCCUUUCGCUCUCUCUCUUACUUUUUACAUGUCGGAACGGCAGGGGGGCGAGACAAGCUCUUCACAGUCCACAUUUUCACUGACAUUCCUGCUAGACUAAGUGAUGAUGUGUCUACACCUGUAGUCUGGAUUCUGCUGCUGUAGUUUUCAAAGCGCCUUCCCUGCGUCAGUCAGUCACAGAGUGGGUGGAAGGGAGGGAGUCUGAUCAGGCGAAGCUGUGGUUCGGAUAUGGCAACGCGCCCUGUGGUGGCCUAUGUGCGGUUCAACAGCAGGAGUCCUGUUUAGUACAAGAACAAGGGUAGGUUUCAGGGUACGUAGAUAACUACACUCUAAGCUGCUUGGGAGGGCUUUACCAACAGGGUCAUGUUCAUUAGGCACUGGAACAAAAUGGACUGAAACAGUUUAGGACUACCUGGAUAAGAAACAUUUUUGUAGCAUAAACAUUUUCCUUUACAUGCCCUAAUGAACAUGGCCCCGUUUUCCUUUAACAUGUCAACAUGCAGAAGUAGAGGGAACUUAAAGAAGCAUUCACUUGCAACCUUCUGCUUGUAGUAAUCAAUUCAUUGACUUAUCGUUAACAUAAAGGAGGGGAGGUUGGCUGAACUGACUGGAUGUUUACUGUACUUUGGGGAAUUUGGUUAGAAGUUCGAUAAUCGGGACCAGAAGUGUCUCAGUUCUAAAAUCUCAUCCUACAAUUGCAGGAGGGUUAGAGGCUAGGAUGCUGCUUGGGAUAAGAGGUGUAGGAACUCUGACAUUGCUGCUACAUGCAGAUGUCGUGUGAAGGAUCGAGGAGGCGGCAGGAGGUAAAGGACAUUUAGCCAAACGCAGUGACACUGCGUCCUUCACACUCUGUCUGCAUUAAGGAUCAUCUUCAGGACCAUCUAAGGUCAUUCAUUAAAUCUUCAUUUGAACAUAUUGGGAUGUACAAUACUCUACAUGGUGGUAGAUGGCAGCAGAUGUGGGUUUUGUGCAUGGCUGUGUCACAGGCUCAGAUAGUUGUUGUUGACCUUUCUGUCUCUGAUUCACUGGAUGCCCCAUCAUAAUCCAUGUUUUACAACCACAGGAAAAACAUGACAGCUGCUGAUGUAAAGCACUGGCAUGAGCGCUUCACGUCCUCUGCCUGGAGGCAUCCACAAACAUUCGGCACAAUUUAUCGCUCCAGCAAAUGCCGCGAGGUACACGCCAGGGUCGACAUUUGUAGAGAUGUGGUUCGUACCCUGUGUACCUACAUCCGUGUGCCCUCUGCCACUUUGCUUGCUCCCAGAAGUAAUACUGCAUCUGAUAAUCAUAGACUAAAGAGCACAUUCAUCUCAGCUGAUCAGAUCUGUGAUCAUUAUUGUAUUGUGAAAGUCUGACAUUGCGACAUUGUGUGAAGUGAUUUGGGGUGGAAGGGUUAGAUGUUGAAUGAAAUGCAGAAUAGCCACUCCAGCAUGAAGAUAAAUAUACAUGAUAAAAUCCUGAUACAAAACCGGCUUUACACAGUCCAUAUGUCAGACUUCGUUCAAGAAUCAUUUCAAAAUCCCAAACAGUUUUUCCCGUUGUCAUUCACGUAACGUGUAACUGCCAUCUCUGAAGUGUCGGUUUUCUACCGUUUGACAUUUUUCUGUUCUUCGGAAAGGAAUCCAUUCAAGUCUUUGCUUCCUGCAUUCUCCCACCGUCAAGUGGUUUUUCAGUGUUUUAUCAAACAUAUGUUGUUUGUUCAUGUUCAUGGAGGAGAAGAAGUCUAUCACUUUAACACUAGUGUUUUAUGAUGUUGUGUCGUUGUACAUGAGCUGUUUUUGUCUCUUGUUUUCAUACGAUCUGCUCUUUUACUGUGUUCUACUUGGCUUUGUUGUGUCAGAAGCUCACUGUCAGUCAUCUGGAGAACAUUAGGAUUAUAUCCUUGGGAUUAUAGACAGAUAGUUAGACGGGGGAAUUGAAGACAAACAGGAACGUAACAUUAUUCCUUUUUAAGGUGCAAUUAAACCACCUUCCUGUCUCGACUUCGCCGCAGGCAUUUAUUCCAGUCCUGUUUUGAGGGAGGAACAUGCCGUCUGAGUAGGAGGAUCAAUACAUACUGCAUGUUUGCUGGUUUGUUUUCUCUAUACGGAGAGCUGGAUCCAAACCGCAUCGUAAAAGUAUUGCAGAAAAUCAGAGUUUUAGGUCGAUUUAAAUUUAAAGUCAAUAUUCCCGCAUUCACAUGUCGGGUCAAUCUGAAAUGACCUUACAAAUGUCAUCCAUUUUGUGUACAUUAGGAUGUGCUAUUCUAUUAUCUGCGGUAUGUCUUUAACCAUGCCUGUACCGUUCUUGUAAAUGCCUGCCCAACUCUGCCCUAUGGAAUUCUUCUUACUGCAUUACUGUUAUUCUAGUCCUGGGAGUAACUGAUCAACAGUUCUUGUUGCACCUCUGCAAUAGGAAGGACCCCAUUAACCUAAUGCCCAUGAUAUUGACAGAAGAUGAUAUGAACAUCCACGCUCUCUCUGAACUGUUUAUUUUUGGACGUAAUUUUCUUAGCUGUACGGGCGUUAACUAAUUUCCUACCCAUUAAUUCAUGUUGUUCAUCUUUUAUUUGUUUGAUAGAUUGUUUGCAUUUGUACUUUUUAAUUCAGGAGCAUUGUAAAAGAAAAUGUAAAUGUGUUUUUUUUUGGGGGGUUAGUACUGUAUUGCUAGUUUAAUUUACAGUAUUGCAGCUUGUAGUGAGAAAUAGGAUACAUUUGAUUCGUGGAUUUGGAAUGAGCAAUAAGUAUUUUUUUCCCCCUCUCUUCACAUGGAAACACUGCCACAGACUGGAGAUGGAAAGGGAAGAAUGGUUAUUGGGGGUUUUGUCUGCUAUGGAAGCAGCUCAUUUCUACCACCUUUGACAUAUUUUUAUAAUCUCAUCACUAAUCCCUCACAACUAAAGCUGACUAUCUGAGCGGUUCUGAAAUGUAAGCUCUUGAAUGGUGUGUUUGAUGUAGUGUCAUGGCAAACCGCAGUAUUAUCUGCUACAUGUCAGCCUUGUCCUGUGGAUUUUUUUUGUUUUGUUGCUACAUGUAAAAGAACUCUGAAUAUCUAUAUUAGGUGGUGCACUACAUUUCAUUCUUUAAAUCCUAAUCUUUUCUAAAUAAAGGAAAGUGUGUCGCAAAAUCCCACUAUACCCUGUACGCUCAUUUGGCUUUCAUGUUUGAAGACUGACGUCAUUGUGUUGCUUUUUUCUUGGCACCGCUAAGUAUAGUUUUUAAAAUUACGUUUUAAUUCGGAAUCAUUUAUAAUAUUUUGGUAUAUUGAACGGAGCGAAUCAGUGAGCUGUCAGAAGUUAGGCUACAUCAAGGGGGGAAACCGUGAACAGCAUCUUCCCUUAAAAUGUGUGCUCGUUUAAAGAUAAUGCAACCUAAAGGGCAGCUACUGCAGACAGUGUGAUGAACUAAUCACAAUAGAAACUCAAAUGACACAGUCGUCAGGCUUUUAAGUUGUAUUAGUGGUAUGUACGGGAUGCGCUUGGUAUACAUUGUCCAGUGAAAUGCUUACUUGCAGGUUCCUUCUCAACAAUGCAACAAUAAGAAAUAAUAAAAGAUAUGAACAUAAAAUAAAUUACAGCAGAAUAGAAUAAACAUUUUAGCAUAAGUAUAAUACAGGAAAGCACAAUUUAUAGUCCAAUAUUUACAUGUGUAUUGGUGAAGGGGGGAAUGGGGAGGAAGUGUAUAAAUUGAGCAGUAUAAUAAGUCUGAGCCAUAUAUAGAUAUCUCUAUAUACUGUAUCUCACUAUAUCUAUGGCUCUGAUUUUCUUCAAGUUGGUUUCUACAGAUGUGUCCUAUAAAAUUGGCAAUUUUAUCUAGUAUUUUUACUGUUUGAUGUGAGCACAAGAGUAUUUUUCUACUGAGCUUUACCCCCUGAGUUAGGCGUAGAUUCAAUCCAUAGCACUGAAGAUCCACACUACAGCGUGGUUCAAAUAUAAAGGCAAUGCUCCCACGUCACAGUAAACGCAGCAUAUGUCGGCUCAAUAGGAAAUGACCUUAACAUUUUAAUCUCGGGAGAGCACGGAUCAUUAUCGCUACAGAUUGAAUCUAGGCCUUGGCCUAUCUGUUCUCCUUCUCUCCUUUCUGUUUGGUAGUGAGUAGAGUUUACUGUGCCAUUCCAUUCUGGCUUUCUUUAAUCUCACUGAUCCUUCUAUGCAAAAAAAAAUACCUAUUUUAGCCUUUGUACAGACCAUUUUGUAUUAGUAAUAUGUACUGAAAUAAAGUGAUUAGUGGUGA